UUCAUGCACAGCGACUUUUGGUCGGCAUUGCACGCACUCUUUUGGGACUAGACCCAAUCCCCCGAAAGCCAUUGAUCUCGUUACCCGCAAAGCAUCAUGCAAACCCGCCAUUAAUUUAACGCAUCGCUCCGAGUUGUCUGCUUCUCGCACUGAUGUUCCCCUUAAUCAAAUGUUUUGUGACGGACACCCGCCCGUUUGGUUGUACCGUCGUGAUGAAACAGCCCCCGCUAAUCCUGGGUGCGUCCUUAGUUUAUGUUCCUUGAUUUGGAAGUUUAAUCGCCCGUUUCGAGUUUCGCGAAGCGGGUUUUGUCUGGUUCACCCGACCUUAAUCCGGGGCCGUUUCAAAGCACGAGAAAUUGAUUUGUUCCUCCUGCUCAUCUGUUCCUUCGUUCCCUGUUUCUGGCCAUGUUUGUUUAUGCAUAUAUAAAGGGUUGAGUCUUUUCUUGCUUUGAGAGAUGGUGCGUGACAUGAGUGAUUGCUGAGAAGCCGCUUGGUUCAUACGUCUGUGAGGACCAUUUCAUGUGUUUGGGUCUCUUUCUCGAGCUUUUCAUGUGCGAAUGAAAAGGAGUCUCCUUUCUCUCGAUCAGGUUAGGCUCCACAUUCACAUGCGAAGAAUAAGGAGGAGUGGCUGAAGCAGUCUGAAUUGCAGUUGGCGAAAGCUAUAUGGUUCUCAGAAGAAAGACAAACAAAAAGGCAUAACUUUCAGGAUUGUUAUGGAUGGUGUGCAUCAGUUCAGUUGGAAGUUCAACUCUUCACUCAAGCUGGAAAACGUGGAAGAGGAUGAGGAACUGAAAGGAGCGUCUUCGUUGCCAUCAGUGCCUCAACCACAGACGCCGAAGGAGCCGAUGGAGUUCUUGUCGAGGUCGUGGAGCCUUUCCCCAUCGGAGGUUUCAAAAGCUCUGGCUCACAGAAAGAACGACAUACACACAAUACAAAACGAGAACCUCAAUACAUGUCCACAGCCACAGGCACCUGUUGCUCCUCAACUUCUUGCGGCAAAGGUUAUGAAUUCAGUUCAUGCUAGGAGGACGGGGUCUUUUGGGAAAUGGUUCCACCACCACCUCCACCACCACCUCCAUCACCACCACCACCAGCACCAUGGUCAUAAGGAGCACGAUAGGAACGCGAUGAAGAAGAAAGAGAGCAUGCGCAUGGAAAAUGCGCAUGUGCAUUCAGCUAUUUCUAUUGCCGGGCUAGCUGCCGGUUUGGCUGCUGUGGCUGCAGCACAAAGCUCCAAUUCAGAUUCAAAGAUGAGUGCGGCUUUGGCCUCAGCCUCAGAACUACUAGCAUCACAUUGCGUUGAACUAGCUGAACAAGCCGGAGCUGAGCAUGAUCGAGUGGCAUCUGUUGUCCAAUCAGCUGUGGACAUACAUAGUGCGGGAGAUCUCGUGACUCUCACAGCAGCCGCCGCUACAGCUUUGAGAGGAGAAGCGGCGCUGAAAGUAAGAAGGAGAAACGAAGCAAAGAGGAACGCAGCGAUAAGUCCCUAUGAUAAGGGAAUGACAGAACCAUAUACCAUCAUGACUCUUAGCAGCCACAUUGAAGAAAGCAGUACUCCAUGCGAAGGCGAACUUUGGCAGCACACAACAAAAGGAUUAUUUCAAAUGAAGCAUGCGUCUGUGUACAUUAACAAGAACUCCCAGGUCAUUCUUAAGCUAAAGAGCAAGCACAUUGGAGGAGCAUUCUCGACGAACAGUAAAUGCAUAGUUUAUGGCUUAUGCGAUGAGAAUUCCGCCUGGCCAUACAGAACAGAAAGAGACAACCCCGAAGAAGUCUUCUUUGGUCUUAGAACUGCACAGGGUUUUCUAGAGUUCAAGUGCAAGAAUCAGGCCCAUAAGCAGAGAUGGGUUGAUGCAAUACACAACCUUCUUCGUCAUGGUAACUGGGUUGAAGCUGCUGAGUGCUCUCCAGAGCUUCUAAAAAUCAGUAAGAGCAUCAGUAUAUGAGUUUUUGAUGGCGUCUGUUCCAGAAACAGGACAUGAAGAAACUCCAUUAAUGAAAUCAGGAGUCUGAAUUGGAUGCCUGUUUAUCUUUUGACAGUAAAUAUCUUUUUCCCCUCUUCCGAUGUCCUAAUGCAUGUAGAAAAAGCAAGAUAACUGUCCGCACAAGCUUUGAGCACUGUACUUGGAUACUUCUCAGGAGCAUGGUAUUAAGAAACACUUUUUGGUA